AUAAAUAAAUAUUUUUAAAAAUAGACUUAUAUGAGAGCUUUGGUUGAAUGGACUCACUUACUAGGUUUGGCAGAAUCAUGCUGCAGCUACUACGCCACUCCUGGGUAUCUACACUACAGAACUACGCACUGCUUCGUUCACCAAAAGACAGGGGAUGGAAUGGUCACAGAAACAUUAUUCACAGCAGCCCCAAACUGGAAACAACUAAAAUGUCCAUGACAGAAAAACCGAUCAAUAGAUCAUGAACUAAUCACAUGAUGGAAGACUAUACAGCAACCAAAAUAAUGAGCUACAACUAAAUAUAAUACAGAAGAAUCACAAAGACACCGGGUUAAAUGAAGGAAGCCAGACACAAUAGUUGAUGCAGUUUAUAUAUAUAGCUCAAAACCAGGCAAAACCACUUUGCUAGAAAUUAGGCUGCUGGUAACACAAGGGGGCUUAUGGGAAACAGAAACAUUCUCUCCCUUGAUUUGUGUCACAUGGACAUGUCCAGUUUGUCACCAUUCAGCAACCUAAACACUUACGAUUUGACUCUUUUUCGUACUUCCAUUUAAAAAUAUGUCAAGCAUGACACAUUUAGGUAAACGAAAAAAAAAGCACACAUACUCAAAAGAAAAGUCUGUUUCUAUGAGCAUGUUUCUAUGUAUUUAAACAAACUGGAGGCCAAAAGGUCAGAUGAAAGCCAACCAUGUGUCAGCCCUGCCUAAGAGGGACAGUGGGAUGGGGUGGGGGCUUCCAGGGGGUUAGCUUUCAUUUGCAAUGUUUUGAUAAUAACAGUCUUUAAGAUUGUGUGAGAAUUAAAUGAGUUAAUAUAACAGUGCCUUACAAGUGUGAGGCAUACAGUAGGUGCUACAUGAGGUUUUCUUAUGAUAAAAGGAAUAGAGUGAAAAUGUUUUCUGGGGGCAUAAAUGGCAUUAAAACUAAGCUAGAAAUAAAAGAAACAGAAGAAGAAAUACACAAAAUACCAUGUCUUGUGACUUUCCAAUCUUCUGUGCAUUGUUAGACGUAAGUAUGUCCUUACAGAAAUACAGACUUUUCUUUCGAGUGUGUGUACAUAAAUGUGUCAUAUUAGGCAUAUUUUCUUUGAAAAGGGCUUUUAUUGAAGCAUGACAGUGACAGAACAGAGAAUCACGGGUCUGGAGAUAGAAAGAUGGGGGAGAUAGAGCCCGCCGGGUGAUUGGGGGUGGGGGCCGGCAGCACCGGAAACCUCAGCCUGAAGGGAUCCCCAAGUGGGGGGAGGGGGGACCUUUGGUCUCUCCCCAGCCUCUUCCUUCCCCCUGGCCUGGGGCUGGGUGGGGAGGGGCAGUUCCUCUUUCCCUCCCAAGCGCCGCCGAGGAGGCCCCAGCUCCCAAGGGGCUAAGAAGCUGGAGCGUGGUGAGGGGGGAGGAGCUGAGCCUCACUCUUAUAAGACCCCCUCCCCCCCCAGGAAGCAUGAACAGGAAAGACAGCAAGAGGAAAUCCCACCAGGAAUGCCCAGGCAAGACAGGGGGGCGGGGCCGGCCCCGACAGGCCCGCCGCCACAAGACAUGCCCCAGCCCCCGGGAAAUCAGCAAGGUCAUGGCUUCCAUGGCUCUGGGUAUGCUGAACGAGGGCGGCUGCAGUGAAGAUGAGCUGCUGGAGAAAUGCAUUCAGUCCUUUGACUCGGCUGGCAGCCUGCGCCGCGGGGACCACGUUCUCAACAUGGCACUUGCCAUGCACAGCUGGGUGCUGCCUUCUGCCCACUUUGCUGCCCGUCUGCUGACCUUGUACCAGGAGGCCACAGGGAGCACGCAGGAGCUGAGACGGCUGCAGAUCUGUCACCUGGUCAGGUACUGGCUGACCCAACACCCUGAGAUGAUGCACCAGGACCCCCAGUUAGAAGAGGUUAUAGGCCGCUUCUGGGCCACUGUGGAGCAGGAGGGUAACUCAGUCCAGCAGAGCCUAGGAGACUUCUCCAGUCGGCUGAGCCCGGGUGGCCCAGGCCCCCCACACCCCACGAGCAGCCCAGGCCUGGGCAAGAAGCGCAAAGUGUCCUUGCUUUUCGACCACCUGGAGACUGGGGAGCUGGCAGAGCACCUCACUUACCUGGAGUUCCGGUCCUUCCAGGCUAUCACACCCCAGGACCUGCGGGACUACGUUUUGCAGGGCUCUGUGCGGGGCUGCCCGACCCUGGAGGGCUCCGUAGGUCUCAGCAACAGCGUGUCCCGCUGGGUGCAGGUCAUGGUGCUGAGCCGUCCGGGGCCUGCACAGCGGGCGCAGGUGCUGGACAAGUUCAUCCACGUGGCACAGAAGCUCCUCCAGCUGCACAAUUUCAACACGCUGAUGGCAGUCACAGGCGGCCUCUGUCAUAGUGCCAUCUCCAGACUCAAGGACUCCCAUGCCCACCUGAGCCCUGACAGCACCAAGGCCCUGCUGGAGCUGACAGAGCUCCUGGCAGCCCACAACAACUACGCCCGUUACCGCCGCACCUGGGCUGACUGCACGGCCUUCCGGCUGCCUGUUCUGGGAGUGCACCUCAAGGAUCUGGUGGCCCUGAACGAGGCGCAGCCUGACAGGUUGCCUGAUGGCCGCCUGCACCUGCCCAAACUGAACAGUCUCUACCUGCGGCUGCAGGAGCUGGCAGCCCUGCAGCGACAGGAACCCCCAGGCAGUGCCAGUGAGGACCUUCUGCACCUGCUCACGCUUUCCCUGGAUCUCUUCUACACGGAGGACGAGAUCUAUGAGCUUUCCUAUGCCCGGGAGCCCCGCUGUCCCAAGAGUCUGCCACCCUCCCCCUUCAAGGCACCCCUGGUGGUGGAGUGGGCCCCUGGUGUGACACCCAAGCCUGACACGGUCACUCUGGGUCGGCAUGUGGAGCAGCUGGUGGAGUCUGUGUUCAAGAACUAUGACCCUGAUGGCCGCGGCACCAUCUCUCAGGAGGACUUUGAGCGACUCUCAGGCAACUUCCCCUUUGCCUGCCACGGCCUUCACCCACCCCCCCGCCAGGGGAGUGGCUCCUUCAGCCGUGAGGAGCUGACAGGAUACCUGCUCCGGGCCAGUGCCAUUUGCUCCAAGCUGGGCCUGGCCUUCCUGCACACCUUCCAGGAGGUCACCUUCCGCAAGCCCACCUUCUGUGACAGCUGCAGUGGCUUCCUUUGGGGUGUCACCAAGCAAGGCUACCGCUGUCGGGACUGUGGGCUGUGUUGCCACAGACACUGCAGAGACCAGGUGAAGGUGGAGUGUAAGAAGAGGCCAGGGGCCAAGGGCGAUGCGAGUCCCCCGGAAGCCCCUGUCCCAUCCACUCCAGUUCCCCAGGCCAGCUGUGGCUCUGAGGACCAUCUCUCCUACACGCUGUCCCUGGAACCUGAGCCUGGGUGCCACGUCCGCCAUGCUUGGACCCAGACAGAGGCCCCCCACCCCUCCUGGGAACCAGAGACGGUCCCUCUGCCAGCGAAGGCCUCACCACCCACUGAGUCCUCCAAGCUGAACUCCUAGAUGUUGCCUUGGUCUCAUCUCUUCCCCACUUCCUCCUCCAGAGUCAGUCUCAAGUCCUAUUAUUCUGUCUCCUUCCCAUCCACACGGCCUCUGUUGAAGCUUCUGUCCUGUCUUACUCCAAAAGAAAGUUAUUUUCUUCUUUUGCAUCAGAGUGGCUGUUAAUUGUAUUCCCUUUUCUUGCAUGUGAUAUCCGUGCAGCUCUGUAUUGGAUACGUUUAGACCUAGCCUAGGUGGCUCAGUGGUCAAGAAUCUACCUGCCAGUGUAGGAGACGGGUUGGAUCCCCGGGUUGGGAAGAUCCCCUGGAUGAAGGGAAUGGCAGCCCACUCCAGUAUUCUUGCCUGGAGAAUCCCAUGGACAGAGGAGCCUGGCAGGUUAUAUAUAGUCCGUGGGGUCGCCAAGGGUUGAACACGACUGAGUGACUAAACAACCUCAUCAUCUUGCCAAGUCCUUAAAUUCCCAUUUUACAGAUGAGGAAACAGGCUCAGCAAGGUCAAACUGCUCACCAACACAGACAGAACUCCUGAAUGUUAAGUGUCGGGACUCACACCCAGCUUGUCCACCUCUCACAUGGAAGCUACUGACCAAUAUACUGCACUGAUGUCAGCAUGGGUCAGGAGCAGGAGGGGACAGCGGGUAGAGUUCCAAACUCUGAGGUGGGAGAGAAGGCCAGAGAAAGGGUAGAACAGGGAGGGAGCCUCUGAAACCUAAGUCAGAUCAAAUCCCUCCUCUGCUUAGAGCCUUCCGGUGGCUCCAUCUCACUCAGGAAAACCAGAGCUGUCACUGUGCCCCACCCCACAUGGUCUGCCCCUGUCACCUCUCCAGCCUCCCCUCCCAGCA